UUACAAAAUUAACAGAGUAUUUUUAAAUCACAUCAUGUUUGAUUACCGACACGGAACUCGGUGUGUGAGAUUCAUAUCGCAGUUUAAAAUUGCCCGAGCGGACUGCGUCGCGCGCGGCCCCCCGCGGCGCGUCAACGAUCCCAAGCUGUGUGUGGUACGAGACAAGGGGCUAGUGCUCGGCGUCUACUACAACCAGCACGUCAAGGGCGAAGGCGCCAUACUCACGGCGAGCGCGCAGAAAUAUGACCAGAAGUGUGGCGGGAAGCUCUGGAAACAAUUGAAGUUGACACCCAUCCCGCGGCUCGGGGAGUACCGAGUGUUCUACGACCUGGAUAGCUACUACGGAUACGUGGCCGUCGCCGGGCUGGGCACCGAGUGCUUGAGAUACAACACCGUGGAGCAGCUGGACGAGAGCAAAGAAGCGAUCCGAAUAGCGGCGGGGCUGGGCACGGAAGCUCUGCACAAGUUCAGGCCAUCCGUGAUCCACGUGGAAUCUUUCGGAGACGCCGAAGCCGCCGCCGAGGGAGCGACGCUCUCCACUUGGAAAUUUCAAGAAUACAAAAGCGCUAAGAGCGACCAGCUAGUAUUUAAACCUAAAUUAGAACUGUACGACGAUUGCGACUUCGACGGCUGGAAGAUCGGGGCGUUGAAAGCUGAAUCACAAAAUCUGGCUCGUUAUCUGCAAGAGAUGCCCGCGAACCUGCUGAAUCCGACGUCGUUCGCUAAGAUAGCAGUCGAGUUGCUUUGCGAGCUGGAUAUUAACGUCGAGGUCAAAACGCAGGGCUGGGCGGCGAGCCACGAGAUGCGAGGUUUCGUGGCUAUAGGAAAGUCGUCGGUGCAGCCGCCACUGUACGUGGAGAUAAGUUACUUCGGGGCUGACGAGUGCACCAGGCCAUUAGUGUUGAUCGGCAAGGGUGUCACUUUCGACAGCGGGAGUUUGGACUUGAAGCCACUGAAGGAAUUGCAAUACAUGAAAGGUGACAUGGCGGGUGCCGCGUGCGUGCUCGCCAUAGUGCGCGCCGCGGCGAUCCUCAAGCUACCCGUCAACAUUCGGGGCAUCCUGCCUCUGUGCGAGCUGAUGCCGAGCGGAAGGAGUCCCAAGUUCGGAGACGUCGUGUCCAGCGCGUUCGGAAAAUCCAUUCACAUAAGAUUACCGUCACGAGAAGGACGGCUUUUGAUUGCAGACAGUUUGGUGUACGCGAGAAACUACUGGCCUAAGUUCAUCCUCGACAUAGGCACGAUGUCAAAGGAGCUGAUCGACACGUUAGGUGGUGCUGCGUGCGGCUGCUACACUAACUGCGAGGAGCUGUUCUGCUACGCGGCGGCGGCCGGCGGCCACACGGGCGACAGGAUAUGGCGGAUGCCUCUAUGGCAGUUCUACGAGCAGCGCAUAAAGGACUGCCACACCGCAGACGUGGCGAACACGGGGCACGAUCAGCUCGGAGACUCACCGAACUGCGCCGCGUUUCUCAAGCAGUUCGUCUGCGACAGCAAGUGGAUACACUUCGACACCUACAACGUAGCUUACACUAAAGGGCUGGACUUUCCUUACCUCCACAGAGGAAUGACGGGAAGACCUACACGGACGGUUAUAGAACUUAUGUACCAGUUAUUGGUAGAUUCUAAAUUGUGAUGAACGAACCCUUGUCUUAUGUACAAAAUUGAUUGAGUGACUGUUUGGUUGGUCUUCUGUAAUAAGCAACUUUUCGAAAUGGUGCUCCUAUACAGCAGUUAUAUAACGUUAUUUAAAAGGAUAUCAUUUUCUAAUAUGUUCUAUUUUGCUACAAUUUGUUGUAUGUUAUAAAAGCUUGCUUUUUUCACAUUUUUCCUUACAAAAGUUACUAUUCGCUGUCGUGUUUCAUUUAACAUUUCUUGUCAAACAAUGUUAAAUAUAAAUAACAUGGAAAAAAUAUCUGCAAUACUUUAUUAUUAAAUGUUGUAUAACAAAUGUUACACAACAAUUUAUAACUGCUGUGUGGAUCAUCAUAAUAUAUGCAAACCCAAGGCCGCGAAUAAACCUAUAAGUUUUACUCACGUAAAUAGCUUAUAUGAUUAACUUACGACAAAUUUACUAAUGUAAACACACUUUUAAGUACAUUUACAGUAGUAAAUUUGUUAUAUAAAUAAUUGAGACGUAUUUAAUUGAAUUACAUAAAAUAAUUACGUUGGUAUAACUUACAGGUAUAAUCGCGGCCUAAGAUGAUUUGUCGUACUUACAUAAACUUAUUUAAUAAAUAAAAUAUAAUAAU